UAUGGUUAAUGUUUGAGUGUGAUUUGUCUGCAAAUGUAAAUGUCAUACUUAAUAGAAUCGUAGUAUUUUUGUGAUAAAAAUAUCGUAAUGGCUGAAAACAGAGAAGAAAUUCUAGCAAAUUUUCAGGGGAUAACAAACAUAGAAGAUGUAGCUGAAGCAAUAUUACAUUUAGAUGAAUCUAACUGGGAUUUACUUACCGCAAUCAACCGUGUUAUGCCUCAAGAUGGAAACUCCCAGAACUCUGUAUCCCACAACACCGAUGAUGUCGAGAUGAUAGACGAAGAUAUAUCUGUGAUAACACCAAAAACCCACCCACCAGAUCGGGAAGAAAACAUUCAAGCAUCAACUUCAUCGCCUAGAAAUAGUACCCCGAACCUAGUAGAGCUUCAAGUUCAUUAUAAUAAUAAGAUGCACGAAAUCAAAAUGUCCAGUUCAGCAACUGUUCGUGACUUAAAGCGUCGCUUAGAAGCGGUGUGCGGCGUGCCCGUGUGCCGGCAGCAGAUCUCAGGGCUAGGCGGCUCGCAGGCCACCUCCUCCACCGCGCUGGCUGCACUCGGCCUACAGAGGAAUGCUGUGAUACGACUCAAGUCUGCUAACCAGCAAAUGGCUGAUGAUGAAGUGGCAGAGAGAUUAACAACAACAUAUGUGCUCCGGGUGAAACAUGAUGAGAAGGAAUACACAUUGAAGUAUCCCGGCACAAAGACUGUACAGGAAGUGAAGAAUGAUAUAUACUCCCUCACCGAUGUACCUGUGAGGCAUCAGGUGUGGACGGGCUGGCCCCCAGUGAUGGGUUUAGACGACACAGUGCUGGCGAUGGUGGGGCUGGACCUGCCGCAGCACGACCUCACAGUGCGCCAGGACCUCGCUAACGCUAAUACCAACCUCAAAAAGGAAUAUAAAAGAAUAAUAGUGGAUAGUUCUGACAGCGAUAACAGUUCCGUGGAGGAGAUUGAGGAUUCCGGAGAUAACUUCCCCGCGGAGGAUGACAUGUUUGACCUGAUGCACUCCGGGAGGAUUGUACCCUUGAUGUCAGAUCACAUGGAGGAUGAAGCACUGGCUUGCAUACAGUUCGCGAAUAGAUUCCGCGCACGCUACGGACCAAAUACGCCCAAUUUCUUUGAAGGAACGCUGCAAGACGCCAUCAAGGAAUCCUGCCUCAAACCGGCUAAAGAGCGGAAGCUGCUGGGCGUGUACCUGCACCACGAGCAGUCGGUGCUGUCCAACGUGUUCUGCGCGCAGCUGCUGGGCUGCGACACCGUGCUGCAGACCCUCGCCGCCAACUUUCUGCUCUACGGCUGGGACCUCAGCUACCCUGAUAAUACCAACAUGUUGGUGAACUCCAUCGCGAACGCGCUGGGCCCGGUGGCCAGCAUGACGGUGCGCAGCAUCCCCGUGGACCGGCUGCCGGCGCUGCUCAUCAUCAUGCGCAUGCGCUCCAACACUGAGAUAUAUUCCGUUAUUAAUGGCAACGUGGGCGUGUCGGAGCUGGUGGGGGGGCUGGUGGAGGCCAUCGAGCGGUUCGCGGCGCAGCGCGAGGAGGACGCGCGGCUGGAGCGCGAGCGCGACGCCCGCCAGCGCGUCAAGCUGGAGCAGGACGAGGCCUACCAGCGCAGUCUGGAGGCCGACAGAGCCAAAGAAGAAAUUAAGAAGCAGCAAGAAUUAGAAAUUAAGCAGGAGCUAGAACGAGCGGAAUCUGAAAGAUUAAUCGAAGAAGCUAGGAAAGAGGAGCAGCGUUUGCAGGCGGCUGGGCGCGUGCCGUGCGAGCCCGCCGCGGACAGCGCGGAGGUGUGCCGCGUGCGAGUGCGGCUGCCGCCCCCGCAUCACCACUGCCUUGAGCGACGCUUCUAUGCCACGGAUACCCUCGCUGCAUUAUUAGAUUACCUCGCGUCGAAAGGUUACCCACAAGAAAACUAUAAAGUCAUCUCUAGCUGGCCUAGGAGAGACUUAACGUUAGAAUCUCACAGCAGUACUAUGAAAGCGUUGAAAUUGUACCCUCAAGAGACGAUAAUGCUGGAGGAGCGGUGAAGGCGCCGCCCUCGCGCCCUCGCGCCCUCGCGCCCACGCCCACUGUUUACAAAUUUCCAUUCCAAUAACCGUGAAAACUUGAUACUAUCUCUCUCUCUUUAUCAAAGAGAAUGAGAUACAAAUGUUUCUACAGCUAACCCACAGUCACCUAAAUCUUCACCAUUAUUACCAAAGGCGCGGGCUUUUCUAUACAACACCGGUUAUAACGACAAAAGCAAUCAGUCGCAAUAAACUAUUAUAAGAAAGAGUAAAGAUUUGAUUGUAUUAAAUUCCAUCCGAAACUAAAUAUUUGGAAAAAUGCUUUAACACUGACUAUGCCGAGUUUUUUAAAUUUACGUCGAUGAAAACCGCGGUCAAAAUCUAGUUUAUAAAGCAGUUGUAUAACUUUUUCUAUCUUUUCGUCGUUAUAACCGAUUUAAGCGGUUUGUUCUAUGCAAUCUUUCAGAUAGAAAAUCUUUUUUUCACCAAUAGAAUAUUUUUUAUUUCUAUCCGCUGAAGUUGGGUGGGUUAUUAGGAAUGUACUUUUAAUUCUUAUAAGAAAAGAAACUCAAGAAUCAGUCUCUCUGUCGCACUUCCGUGUAUGAGAUAUGUUCAUCUCACUCUAACGUGCGUAAACAGUUUCCAGAUUUUUCUAGAAUUUUACAGAAUCCCGCGCCUUUUCGUGUAAUUUUAAAAAUGACUGUAAAAGAAAAUAUAACCGUAACAUUGCCAUAAUUGUAUGAAAAACUAUUUUAUCUUGUAUUUCAAUAGGCAAGAAAAACGUACGUACAGUUCUUCAAUGUAAUUAAUAUAUUUAUUAGAACCAGGAAUAAUAACUCAUUUUACUAUUGCCGCUAUGUAUCUAAAAUCAGCCAAAACUGACUUAAUUGUGAGUUAUAUAUGUCUUACAUUAAUAUAAUACAAAUUAUUUUAAAUUGUUUUUUUUUUCUUGGUGUCCUAUCUACGUUUUAUCCAUAUUCUUUAACAUAAAACAUUACAGUUUGUUUUUAAAAACCAAAGGCUCAAGUCAACUGUUCAUAAUUUUUACAGAUAAAUAGCCAUAGCCAAAAGGCCUGUAUUUAUUUUACUCUGUAAAAAACUGUUUUUUAUCUGUAUUUCAAAACUAUUUAAACUCUUUCGCCGAACAUAUUUAUUUGAAUAGGUUAAUAUUCUUGUGAUUCAUAAAACGAAUAAAAAUUGUAGUAAACCUCAAAUUAUAAUCAUUUAUAAGUUAUCAUGAGAAAUGAACAUUUCAUCAAUCAAUCAUUCAUCACAAAUAUUAGUGAAUUUAUGAUAAAAUUAUUUUAUAAUUAUUAGAUUUAAUCAGAAUGUUGCAUGAAAUUCUUCAUUUAAAUUUUAUGUUGCUGUAUUUAUAAAUUAUAUAUAAUAAUACGAAUAUCAAAUAAAUAUGCGCCAACAGUAAUGGCGACAUUUUAUUCUUUGCUUGCAUCUGCCUAUUUCGCGCGCUUUCUUGUGGCGCGAACAAGCCAUAGACAAUGACGCAUUUUUGAUAUCUUGUUUGUUCAUCAAAAUAAUCAAUGUAAACUUAAUUUAACCUUUAUCUGUGUAGAAAAAUAAACUUUUACAAUUAAUAAAGAUGAAUACAGGCAGUUGCAAGAUUUUUAAAUAAUAAUUUCAACACAGCUGCUACAUUUUUGACGUUUGUAUUUUUUACCGCGCCUGUGAAAUGAAGUCAUGUUUGUGUACUGUGAGGGAGAUAUUUAUCCAACAAUUAAACAAGAUGAAAAUGCC